UUCACAUGUGUGCCGACACUUUCAAGCAAAGUUGCAAAAAUAAAACUGGACUGAUAAGGAGAAGGCAGCGAACGCUCUUAAAGUUUGGCAUAUUUACGAGGCGUAUUUAAAGGCAGCACAGGCCGUCGGCUGUUUAGAGAACUUUCCGGGCUCAUAGACGGGAUGAUGGUGCUGUAGCUUCACUCUGUUGGCUAUAAGUACACAACAGAGACUUGUAGUAUGAAGAGUAGUCUUAGUUUCUCUUCGGAAAAAAAGAAAGGGAAAAAAGUCAUCUGUUGAGGUUGAACCUCCAGCUUCCCUCCUCCCCCCCGCUCUGGUUUAACUCCUCACUCCCCCUAGCGGCGGAGCUCCCAGCCGAAGAGCGUCACAGUGCCGGUGUCGGUCCCCACAGUCGGAGUGAAAGUUGUCUCCGCUCGGAAAAGCGGGGGUUCGGGACUCGCCAGUUCGCACCGCCGUAGCUUCACGCGCUUACUCCCGGAGAGAUGAGGCGGAAAGAGAAGAGGCUGCUGCAGUUCGCUGGGCUGCUCAUAGCGGCUCUUCUUUUUCUCCCAAAUGUCGGGUUGUGGUCUUUGUACAAGGACAGAGUCUUCGACAACUCGCCUGACUCAGUGGACGGUCCGGGCGGCAUCCCCCAGAUACAGGGAGUGAAUCGUGCGGGGAAGGGCGCUCAGCUGGGACGCAACAGUGUGCGGCGAAAAGACUGGCAUGACUAUGAAGCAAUCAAAAGAGACGCAUCUCGAUCUGGUAACGGUGAACAGGGGAAGCCGUUCCCCCUGACUGAUGCUGACCGGGUCGAUCAAGCCUACAGAGAAAACGGCUUCAACAUUUACGUCAGCGACCGCAUCUCCCUGAACCGCUCUGUUCCUGACAUCCGCCAUCCAAACUGUAAACACAAGCUGUAUGCAGAGAAGCUGCCCAACACCACAAUCAUCAUCCCGUUCCACAACGAGGGCUGGUCGUCGCUGCUCAGGACGGUUCACAGCGUGCUGAAUCGCUCUCCCCCACAGCUCAUAGCCGAGAUCAUCCUGGUCGACGACUUCAGCGACAAAGAACACCUUAAGGUGGCACUAGAGGAGUACAUGGUACGGCUGCCAAAGGUUCGCAUCCUGAGGACCAAGAAGAGGGAGGGUCUGAUCCGGACUCGCCUGCUUGGAGCAGCUGCUGCUAAAGGAGAAGUCCUCACCUUCCUAGACUCGCACUGUGAAGCCAAUGUGAACUGGCUGCCUCCACUGCUGGACCGAAUCGCCCAGAACAGGAAGACUAUCGUAUGCCCGAUGAUUGAUGUCAUCGACCACGACAACUUUGGCUAUGAAACACAGGCGGGCGACGCCAUGCGAGGGGCGUUUGACUGGGAAAUGUAUUACAAGCGGAUCCCGAUCCCCACAGAGCUGCAAAAGGAUGACCCCAGUGAACCCUUUGAGUCUCCAGUGAUGGCAGGUGGACUGUUUGCUGUCGACAGGAAGUGGUUCUGGGAGCUCGGCGGAUACGACACCGGUCUAGAGAUUUGGGGAGGGGAGCAGUACGAGAUAUCCUUCAAGGUGUGGAUGUGUGGUGGUCGGAUGGAGGACAUUCCUUGCUCCAGGGUUGGGCACAUCUACAGGAAGUAUGUCCCCUACAAAGUUCCUGGUGGUGUCAGCCUUGCCAGGAACCUGAAGCGAGUAGCAGAAGUGUGGAUGGACGAGUACGCCGAGUACAUCUACCAGCGCAGGCCUGAGUACCGCCACCUGUCGGCAGGAGACAUGACUGUGCAGAAGGAGCUGAGGAACCGGCUCAACUGCAAGAACUUCAAGUGGUUCAUGAGUGAGGUGGCCUGGGAUCUGCCCAAGCACUACCCACCUGUGGAGCCUCCUGCUGCUGCAUGGGGAGAGAUCCGUAACGUGGGUAGCAGCAUGUGUAUGGAGAGUAAACAUUUUGUGUCGGGGAGUCCUAUCCGCCUGGAGAGUUGUGUGAAGGGACAAGGCGAUGUGAGCUGGAGACAUGGACAGGUGUUUACGUUUGGCUGGAGAGAGGACAUUCGGGUGGGCGACCCCAUGCACACGAAAAAAGUUUGCUUCGAUGCCAUUUCCCACAACAGCCCCGUCACCCUGUACGACUGCCACGGCAUGAAAGGCAACCAGCUGUGGCGCUACAGAAAGGAUAAGAGUCUGUAUCACCCCGUCAGCAACAGCUGUAUCGACAGCAGCUUGAACGAGCGGCGUGUCUUCAUGAACACGUGUGACCCGUCCUCGCCCACUCAGCAGUGGCUAUUUGAGAAAACCAACGCCACCGUGCUGGAGCACUUCAAUCAGGGCGCCAAGUGAAGUCCUGCAGCAUCCACGAGGAAGGACUCACGCAGAAGUGGAGCUGCUGCUGCUGCUAUUGCGAACUGGGGUAUUUCCCAUUUACCUCGCAAUGAGGUGACAGCUGUUUCUCUUUGGGGUGCUGGGAGUGAGGCAGGACGGGACGCAGAGGGGUUAGUUAAACGCAUUAGUGUGAGGGAAGAUUGGGUUUGAGUUUGAUUGAUGGGAUUUGUGUAAAAGUUACUCUGUGAGAGAUGGGUGUGUUCUGUUGGGGUGCUGCUGUGGCAGUAGGUCUGUCUCACUUCCUGAUUUUUAUUUAAUUUUUUUAUCGUCUGCCAUUCCUCUUUAUUUCUUUUGCCCGUUUCAAAUCUCCCUCUCUUCCCCUGUACUGUUUCCUCUCUGGGGGUUUGUUGUUUGCAGUUCUCUCUCCCUCUCUUUCUGUCCAUCUACCUUUUAUCCUCCAAUCUCUCCUCCCUCGUUUCUCUCCCGGUCUGCCACUGCCUGCAUGUCCGUCUCUAUCUGCCUGCAUGACUGCACCUUUGCCCACCUUUUUCAUUCUCCCUCUCAAAUAUCCUUAUGUCUCUCCAGCUCUGACAACCUCCCUGGGGGUAGAUGAAGGGGGGGAGGGGCUCUUGCUGAGCCAAAGUCGUACUGACACCUGGGUGAAGCCAGGCAGAACCACUCUUAAAAUCACCUGGUGAAGUGAUUCUCCUUUACAACCUUCUGUUCCCUCCCUCAUCCUUCCCCUCAUGUGUGUAACUCCUGGUCUGCGGGCAGAGCUGCAUUGAAUGUAGUGGGUGAAAGUUGACAAAGACGGUCCAAGGAGAUAAGACCUUUUGCACGUGCCUCACUUAUUUGUUCCUUAUUCUCUGCUUUCCUGUCUGUAUUUAUUGAUUAGUCCUUCACAGAUUUGUCACUGUGCCACGUUCUUCUUAUAUUCCUCAGACGCGAGCGCUAUCCGAUGCCAGGGUAUGUGCAGGCUGACUCCUGCUGGGUAAUGGUGCAGUCAGACUAGAUUUUGCUUUCUUCAUAGAGGUCCUGCAUCUCUUAAAAUAGCCAAUAAGAAUGCAGGCUGUCUGAGGCCUACGCAGAGAUAAAAGCGACAAUGGCAAACAGAAGAUCCAAGGUAAGGUCAUCGCACUGCAACAAGGCUCCAACAAGUGCUUCCUGUGAGAUCUCACCCUGGAGUGGGUCCCUUUAUUUGAGAAUGCUUUGAGAAAAGCUCCUCAAAGCAGUGACCACUAAAUCAGGAGGUAUUUGCUCAGAAUUUAGUUUUAAGGUUGCGUGGUUACUGCGGUUUGUUAGCUAAAUAGCCGUGCUACUUCGCAUCACCCAUGCUACUACGA